UUUAAUGUUCUUUUGGGCCAAAUCCCCGCUCUUUUUUCCCGCAGGACACUCGGAGAACUUAACCGACGCCUUCGAGGGCUCCGCGUGGGAUGUGGGCAGCAUCGCACUGGCUCUCUACUCCGCCCUCUUCUCCUACUCUGGAUGGGACACCCUAAAUUUUGUCACGGAAGAAAUCAAGAACCCCGAAAGGAACCUUCCCCUCUCCAUUGGGAUAUCCAUGCCGAUCGUCACGGUGAUCUACAUCAUGACCAACGUGGCCUACUACACGGUCCUGAGCCAGAUGGAGAUCCUGUCGAGCGAUGCCGUGGCUGUGACUUUUGGCGAUCAAGUUUUUGGAGUGAUGAGUUGGACCAUCCCCCUUGCUGUGGCCCUGUCCUGCUUUGGAGGCCUUAAUGCUUCCAUUCUCGCUGCUUCCAGAUUGUUUUUCGUUGGCUCCCGGGAAGGACACCUGCCCGAUGCCAUCUGCAUGAUCCACGUGGAACGGUUCACCCCUGUGCCAGCCCUGCUUUUUAAUGGAGCCAUGGCUCUAAUUUAUCUUUGCGUGGAAGACAUCUUUCAACUCAUCAACUACUACAGCUUCAGCUACUGGUUCUUUGUGGGCCUGUCCAUCGCAGGACAACUGUAUCUUCGCUGGAAGGAACCAUCUAGGGAACGUCCACUCAAGUUGACCAUCGUUUUCCCCAUCAUCUUCUGCCUCUGCACCAUCUUCCUGGUGGCUGUACCGCUCUACACCGACCCCAUCAAUUCGGCCAUCGGCAUUGCCAUCGCGGCAUCUGGACUUCCGGUUUACUUCCUGGUGGUACGAGUCCCAGACCAGAAGAGACCAAACUGCUUACGACGAGUGACGGCCCGUGUGACCCGGAUUAUCCAGUUAGUGUCUCUGUCUGUCCUGACGGAGAUGGAUCCUGAAAUCAAAUCUCAGUGAUGCAAGAGGUGACCAUCCGAAAGAGAGGCCGGCUUCUCCCGUCAAUCCCUUCCCGUGGACUCUUUCUAAUUUAUUAUUUGAGACUUUGUUGAGAGUACUAUACUUACGACAGGGAUAUAUAUAUAUAUAUAUAUAUAUGCUCAGCGCUCCACAUUAAAUUUCUUUUAAUUAUUUAAAAAA